AUGAGGUCAGUUAAAGAAAAAGUCAGGAGAUGGAAGUGUGUAGGAGGAACGAAAUCAUGGCGGAAGCGAGCCAGGAACGCCCGGUACGGCGCGCACCGCCCGGAGCCGUAUAUCGCGCUGGCUCCACCGGCCCGGGUGGCGACAGUGAAAGGUCACGACUUUUUGGAGCGGGACGACGCACUCCGGCGUCCCGCCCUACCCCAGGAGCCACGUGACCGCUUCCCGGAAGCGCCGCGUGCAUGCGUGCUCCUCCCCGGGGCGGGACAGGGAGUAGAUGGGCAGACGGCGGCAGGGAUGGCCGCGCCGGGGUUUGCUCAGCAGCCCGAUGGUGCUGCGGUGGCGAGCACACUGCUGAAACGGGCGGUGGAACUGGACUCCAGCUCCCGGUACCAGGAGGCUCUUGUGUGUUAUCAGGAGGGUAUCGAUAUGCUGCUGCAAGUGCUUAAAGGCACCAAAGACAAUGCAAAGAAAUGUCACUUAAGACAAAAAAUUUCUGACUACAUGGACAGAGCAGAAGACAUAAAGAAGUUCUUGGAGCAAGAAAAAGAAGAGGGAAAAUACCACAAGCAAAUUAAAAUAGAAGAGAAUGCAACAGGCUUUAGUUAUGAGUCACUUUUUCAUCAAUACCUUAAUGCAGCUGUUACUGAAGUAUGGAUAGAAGAUCCUUAUAUUAGACAUACUCACCAGCUAUACAACUUCCUUCGAUUCUGUGAGAUGCUUGUUAAGCAGACAUCCAAAGUGAAAACUAUUCAUCUUCUUACUUCCAUGGAUGAAGGCAUUGGGAAGGUUCAGCAGACCAGUGGCCUGGAAGAAAUAAGAGAGUCACUUAGUAAUCAUGGAAUAGAGCUGGAAAUAGAAUUCUCUUCUUCAAUACACGAUCGAGAAAUUAGGUUCAACAAUGGAUGGAUGAUUAAGAUUGGAAGGGGACUUGAUUAUUUUAAGAAACCACAGGGGCGUUUUGCACUUGGGUAUUGUGAUUUUGACCUGAGACCGUGUCAUGAAACAACAGUGGACAUUUUUCAUACUAAGCACACAAAAAAAAUAUGACUAUUUCUGACCUCAUGUUUUAAAUGAAUAUUGAAUUUUAAAUAUUUUUAUACAAUGAUCAUUCCUGUAAAUGAAAAUGUGAUAGUAAAUCUAAUUUUAUAUUUCUGUGGAUUUGGAUACUGUUUUGCUUUAAUAACACAGAAUUUAAUAUGACUGACAUCGUUUUCUUCUCUAGCCACAGCAUUGGUUUAAAAAUAUUACCUAGACUAACUCUUAAUUUGCCUUAAGGGGUACGGUCUAAAGCAAACAAAGUAGAGCACCAAAUUAAAAUUCGUACUUUACUAA